AUGGGCCCUGCCCCUUCUGUGGCCUGUGUCCAGGAGGCUAGGUCUGAGGAGAAAGAUGCUCAAACCCUAGAUCUGAGGACCCCAGGAGGCAUCAAGCCUAGCCUGGCCUCUGGCUUGGGUGGGUGGGUCUUGGUGGGCCUGGCUCUGGGCAGCCCCAACCCCAACCUGUGGUCACUGAGGUGGCGGGGUCCCAGGCCAACCUCAGCCCCCCAGGGGGAGGAGACAGAGGGUGCGGGGCGACUCGCGGAGCCAGGGCGGAGGCAGCGUCCCGCACUGUCUCACCGCAGGCCCGACCUCGGCCCUUAUCUGCUCGGGCAGCUUCCGCCCCCCACCCCAGCCCCCGCCGCAGGCCUGGUCCCCGCCUCCGCCUCGGGAGGGCCCGGACCGCCCCCAGGGGAGCGCGAACUGCCGAGGCUGCUGCCCAGUCGAGCGGAGAGGGGGCCCGGCCCCCCAGGAGCGCGGCUGGAGCUCCGGCCCGAGGCGGAGCCGUCAGGCAGCCGGGGGCGCCCCCGUGCGGCCGCAGGAGGAACUGCAGCCCGGGACGGGAAGCGGCGACCGGCCCGGCAGUCUCGCGCCCGGCGUCCCGUCGUCCCCGCGGGGCUGCAGCCUCCGCCCUGCCCGGCCUGGCAGAGCGCGGUGCCCUGGGGCUACCACUUCCCGCCACCCCGACCCCGGCGGAAGUACGCCGCUGCCCGGCUCCCACAAGAGCGCGAGGCGGAAGCGCGCUCCGGCCAUCGCUCCCCUCGGCCCGCGUCGCGCGGCGCGUCGGGUUCCGGACAGCUCCGUGUGACGUGGCCGCAGGGGCUGCCCGGAGCGCCGCCGCCGCUGCACGCUGGCCUUAGUGUCCUUUGUUUUUCAGCACGUGGCGUACCUGGAUGUCCCUAUCCUGGCUGUGGCAUGGCGGGCCACGGGCUCCUCUUUCUGUCUGCUCUUGCCCUGGAGCUCCUGACAGAGGUUGGGAGUUCCCAGUCGGCCCUCUGGAGCCGGGGGACCGCAGCAGCCUGUCGCCUAGACAACAAGGAGAACGAGUCCUGGGGGGCCCUGCUGAGUGGGGAAAGGCUAGAUACCUGGAUCUGCUCCCUCCUUGGCUCACUCAUGGUGGGGCUCAGCGGGGUCUUCCCCUUGCUCGUCAUUCCCUUGGAGAUGGGGACUGUGCUGCGUUCAGAAGCCGGGACCCGGCGCCUGAAGCAGCUGCUCAGCUUUGCCUUAGGGGGCCUCUUGGGCAAUGUGUUUCUACACCUGCUUCCCGAGGCCUGGGCCUACACAUGCAGCACCAGCCCUGGUGGUGAGGGGCAGUGUCUGCAGCAGCAGCAGCAACUGGGGCUGUGGGUCAUCGCUGGCUUCCUGACCUUCCUGAUGUUGGAGAAGAUGUUUCUGGACUGCAAGGAGAAGGAGGGGUCCAGCCAGGCCCCCAACAAAGACCCCACUGCUGUGACUGCCACGGCACUCAAUGGGGGCCGCUGUGUGGCCCCUCCAGCUGCAGAGUCCAGCUUGCACACCGUCCAGAGCAUCAAAGUCAGCGGCUAUCUCAACCUGCUGGCCAACACCAUAGACAACUUCACUCACGGGCUGGCAGUGGCUGCCAGCUUCCUUGUGAGCAAGAAGAUCGGACUCGUGACGACCCUGGCCAUCCUCCUGCAUGAGAUCCCCCAUGAGGUGGGUGACUUUGCCAUCCUGCUCCGGGCCGGCUUUGACCGAUGGAGUGCCGCCAAGCUCCAGCUCUCCACAGCACUGGGAGGCCUGCUGGGGGCCUGCUUUGCCAUCUGGACACAGUCCCCCAAGGGCGUAGAGGAGACAGUGGCCUGGAUUCUGCCCUUUACCUCCGGGGGCUUCCUCUACAUUGCCCUGGUCAACGUGCUGCCAGACCUCCUGGAAGAAGAGGACCCAUGGCAUUCCCUACAGCAAGUGCUACUGCUCUGCUCAGGCAUCGUGGUCAUGGUGCUCUUCUCGCUACUGGUCGAGUAG